CUCAUUUCAUUUGGAUUACAUGGAUUGUAUAUGGAUUGGAUUUUGUUUGCUGCACGCACGCACAAUAUCCUGUUCCUGAAUUUUAUUAUUCUAUUGGUGAAACUACUGUAAAGUUGAUAAAGGCUUCGAAGUAACACACAUAUUGUAUUGCUUUUAGUACUUUACAAGUGUAACGGAAUAUGUCUAUAAUGUUGGAGCCUGACGAGGUAGACGACGGAUACUUUACUCCUGUCGCAAGUACUACCUUAGCAAGCAUUUUUAAAGAAGAUUCCGGUAAUGACAUAGCAGUUAAUCCUUCCCUCAAGUACAAACCUCCUCAACCUAAGAAGACAGAAGAAAGUAGCAAGCCUGAUGAUUCCAUUGCUUCACAGUGUGUGUUUUCAUGCUCAAUCAUCGCUUAUGAAUGGGUACAAAGAUCCCACAAAUGUAAAGGAAAGGUUGGUUUUGCUAUGAUGAAAAUAGUCAAAAGUGGUAUGUGUAAAAUGAUACUGUACAGCCCAGAUAAAUCUACACUAUCCUGCACUACAGUCACACCACACCUAGAAGUAACUAUGUCAUCAGGUGCCAUGAUAUCAUACUAUGAUGAUAAUAAAAAAUAUUGGGGUUUGUGUUUUAAUGACAAAAAUAUUGAGAGAAUCAAAGAACUCUUAUACAAAGAACAUGUCAUUAUAAAACCUUACUGUUCUGAAAUUAACACUGAGGUAGAAAUUCUUGAGAGUGAUGAAGCAACUGAUGAAACUGGAGAUAGCAGUGCAAUAGAAGAUAGCCCAAUCAAGCCUACCACAUCACAGAUUGAUAAAGCCUCCAUUCUGAACAGGAUUGCUAAUGUUGGCCAUGCAAUAUUACCUUCUUUACCAGGGAGUCCUAUAAAAAAAACAUCUUCAGUAGAAAUAACAAACACUCCCGAUCUGCAAAAGCUUAGUUUAGCAGAUCAAUCAAAAGUCUUACCAGAAGUCAGCAUAAGGAGAGAACAUGAAAAUAUUUCAAACCCAGUCAUUAACAAAAGUAUUGCAGUCCAAGCAAGUCAAAAUAAUGUUGAAACAAAUAAUAUUUUCCCAAACAGUAGGAGUGAAUGCGGCCAAACAACAGUAACAAGUGUACCUUUAGUCAAUAAUCAAAUAUUUACGUAUGUAAAUGGAUACAUGGUGCCAUUGCAUAUGCAAGUACCUGUCCUAGAUAAUAUUAAUGGUGCUGAUACUUCUACAGAAAUAGAGCUCAUCAUUCACAAACUUACUCAUCUUAAGACUGUUGUAAGGACAAUGGAAACAAAGCAAUCACAAAAUUUUGAAAAGUCCCAAAGUGAUCAACUCUUUAAAAAGAUAUCUGAAUUGGAACAGUUAGUAAGGGAAAAAGAUGAAACUAUUAAUCACCUUGAGAAUGCGAAACAGGAGCUAGCUGACCAUGUAAAUAACUUGAAUGAGCAAAUACAAAAAUCAAACUAUGAUUUAGAAAAGAAUACAAGGAUUCCUAACGAGGAGCUCCUAAACAGAAAAGUUAAAACUCUUAUGAACAAUACAUUCCAUUCACUUGCCAGCAACUUUGACAAUGAAGUUAAUUAUACUGGAAACUAUGUCAAAGGAAUAUUAGCAGCUGUUAUUAAAAAAAUUACAAUUGACUCCUUAGUAAAUUUAUUUCCCAAUGAAGCAAGUGUUUCUAAGAAAGGAGAUGAUUAAGCUAAUUUAGAAAAUUAGCAGAAUUAAAUCUGAAGUAUCUGUAUAAUCCCUGCACAUAUUUCAUUAAUUCUCUUUUCUAUUUCUCUGCCAUAUUCAAGGGAAGCAAUACAUAUAAUAUAAUAACUAAAGGUUUAAUUGCAACUAUAAAAGGAUUUUUUUUUAAUUUGUUUUUCUAAUUAGGAUUUCAUCAUUUCGCACAUCAUCCUUGUCCUUGGAGUGAUAGAGAAAUAAUUAAGGAUUCAUAAAAAAUACUCAUGGCUUGGCACAUUCCAGAGACUUACCACUCAGAACAUGACCAAAUGUGAUAAAUAAUGCAGAUAACACAUUGAUAGUGAAGUGCAGCAUUGAAAUUAUAAGCAAUAAGUAUUUUAAGUAGGCUAAGUAAUAACAUGUAUUUAAUCAAGCUUUUAAAUAAAUUUUAUACUUAUUAUAUUAAGUUACAAAUUUAA